UAUAGUUAAAGUGGUCAAAGAACCGAUCCCCUCAGCUCCUUUCCGGAGUCGGGAAUGAGAGGGGAGAGCUGGGAUAGGCCAGUUUGCAGGGACGGGGCGGGCUUGGCUUUAUUCGGACUUGGCUUCUAGACUGGCGCCUGUCCGGGGCUCGGAUUGGGCCGCGGGAUUGUCAACGUUACUGGGAGGCGUGGCCGACGCUAAUAAAGUGUGGGACCCGCGGGGCAGCUGCGGUAACUUCUACCGCAGCUAGAGCUCUCGGUGGUCAAGUGGAGGCGGAGCGCGGCAGUUCCGUCGUCUUCACCCGCAGCGGUUCCCCGUCUGGUGUCUCGUCGCAGCCACGGGAGAAAAGACGGAGCCCUCCGCCGCCACAGAAAUGUCUGCUCCAGCUCAGCCGCCCGCUGAAGGGGCAGAAGGGGCUGCCUCUGGUGGGGGCCCCCCCGGGGCCCCCCCUGGCCCUCCUCCUAAUACGACCAGUAACAGACGACUACAGCAAACCCAGGCACAAGUGGAGGAAGUGGUGGACAUCAUGCGUGUGAAUGUGGACAAAGUCCUCAAGAGGGAUGAGAUACUGUCACAGCUGGACGACCGAGCUGACGCCUUGCAGGUGGGAGCAUCACAAUUUGAGAGCAGUGCUGCCAAGCUAAAGAGGAAGUAUUGGUGGAAAAACUGCAAGAUGAUGAUCAUGCUGGGAGCUAUCUGUGCCAUCAUCGUGGUAGUUAUUGUAAUCUACUUUUUUACUUGAGAAUGUGCCACCCCUUCCCUGUUCUCCAUUGCCAUCCAAACUCAUGUUCCUUUCCCUCUGUUUGCUCUCUCAACAAACAUCCCCAUCUGCCUUCCUCCACCCCGUCCAGGCUUCUCUGUUGCCCACUCCUCCUUUUCUGUUGCUUUCAUUUGCACUGUGUCCCUCAACACUGGAAAUGCUGCUCGUGGCACAGUCCUAAAGUAACUACCUGAAGAGCAACAGCUGGCACCUCCUCCCUACCCCUUUCUUAGGUCCUCUCUCAAGUUCCCCCAAAGCCAAAAAGGAUGGGAGGCCAAGAGAAAAGGGUGUAAGCUGGGGUGAUAUGCCCAAGAAGGUGCCAAGACCAGCAGAGAAGAAGGGUAUCUGGUGCCUGUGGUGUCACCAGGAAAGGCCAGGCCAUUGGCAGGAGGAGGCUGUGAACAGCUAGGAGAAUGGCAGCUCGCUCAAGACUGCCCUGGUCACGUGGGGCUCUUCUCUUAGGCCAGGCCUGCAGAGGAUCCUGGGGGUAGGCCCGGAGGCCAACUUGGUUCUGGUGCGAUAUCCUUUUAGAUAGUCAGGCUUAUUUUUGCAGUAGUUUCUAAUCUGUUAGUCUAAGAUUUUCUAUGUUGUCAGGGAUGUUACAACCUUUUGCUUUGUUUUCUGGAGACCUAGAGCACACACAUGAAUUGCAAAAGUACCGGCUUCAUUCCUAUCGAAGCAGCCUCAUAAGCUCAUGACUACAAGGGGGUGUCUCUCAUCCACAUUUUUUGCAGCAUUCUGUGUUCUUCACAAGAGUACCAAAUAAUUCUGUAGAGCCAAAGCUUGGGACUCUCAAUUUUAAUUGUUGGCAUAGACAAAGAGAGAGUACAUGUUAAUUCUAGAAAGACAAUGAGUCAAGGGCCUAAUUUGAGAAUAACAAGCUUGGAAGAAGCUACUUUUUGCUUGCUUAUUGAGCGGGGUCCUGUUCCUCCCUUCCCGUUGAUAAAGUGUGAAGUGUUAGGAAUGAGGAUCCUGGGACUCUCAGGGAUUCCUUUCCUCUACACUAUUCCCAGCUCCUUGCCAAAGACAAGGAUGAGGCAGGAGGUACUUCCUGAGGGUAGCUGAUUCUGAGUAUUCAGAGAAGUCUAGUAUACCUGGCCGCCCAGCCUUGGGUGGGAGGCAGGACAGUCCGUUGACAGUGUGCUUUUGGACUGCUGUGCUGUCAUGGGGCCCUCCCAUCGAGAGCCACCUGUCUGUUCUUCCUGCAUUGUGUUCCCCUUCUGAGCCACCUGUACCCAUCUGAAUGCCACGUUGUCUCCUUUCCUUUCCUCUCUG